AUGAAAAAGUGGCCAAACUAUGACAAGACUGCUGUGAAGAACAGCAUCGAACGUCAUAUCAGCAUUGAUGUUCCGCCGACCCGGGCCCAGACAGACGCACGUGAGAGGACUCCUGCGGCUUGUACCGGGGCGGGAAGCUUCAUCGAGCGUGCCUUGCGUGAUGUCGAUAGCUUUGGCGGACCCCCUCCAUCCGAGCCGCCGUCCAGCAAUCCCUCGGAUGUCGGAAGUCGGAGCCCGGCCCCAAUGCCACAUCGUUCCAACCAAACAGAGACUGUGAACGUCUCAAUGAAUGAACCAAAGAUGAUCUUGAAGCCAAUUCCGCCGAAGGAAUAUGAUGGAUCGCCUAAUGCGAUAGCGUUCCACCGAUUUGUGAAAGAGGGAACAGCUUACCUAAAGCUCGGCCGCGUCCCCGCUGAUGAACGAGCGUUCUACUUGUCGUAUUUCAUGUCUGGCCGUGCACGAGAGUUCUAUAACAGUCGCGUGGAGAAUGAUGAACAUACCUGGACGUUGUCAGAAUUCUUCUGGGGUCUGUUCAAUUUCUGUUUCCCUGUGAACUUUCGUGAGAAACAGCGCUCGAAGCUGAACGCGUGUAAACAAGAUGACAAAUCUGUAUUAGUCCAUAAGGCCGAGUGGGAGCAAAUCUUCAAUACCAUCGGUCUGGAAGUGAACCAAGAGAAAGUCGUGAUGUUUUGUCGCAGCUUGAAGACGUCGAUUUGCAAGGAAAUGUUCCGUGCGAAUCUGGAUCCCGAAACGUCGACCUGGAGUGAUGUUACUCGCGGCGCUGAAGCUGCCGAAGUAAUUGUAAAUCUUGACCUUGAGGAUGCCGACAGUGAUGGGACUGAGGCACCGAAACCCCAGUCCAAGUGGAAGAGAAAUGUAUUGGCUCCAGAUUCAAAUGAGAAGCGCCAAAACGGAGGGCGAGCUUUCUCGGUGUCAAGUGCUGCGGUCGAAACCCCGAAGAAGGACCAGAACGAGAAGGUGUGGGACUACGUGACGCGUGACGGCAAAAAGUUGCCUGCCAAGACUCGAGCUACGUACCUGAGCGAGGGACGUUGCUUCGAGUGUGGAGAACGCGGGCACUUGUCUCGAAACUGCCCUGAUGUGAGCGCAAUGAAAUCGGAGAAGCCCGGGAAACCACCGGGUAUGGGUAUUGCUUCACACACGAUCGAAAUUUCGCUUGCUGAGACCACUGAGAUCGUGAAGGAAUCCUUUGAUGAUGAUAAAUGA